AUGAAAGUUACACUGAACAGCAUUUCUGUGUUUGCAGUCUUGGCAGGUGUUAUAAGUCUCACCUUCCUGGUGGCUGCCCUGGCCACAGACUUUUGGUACCAAAUUGAUGCUUCAGGAUUGGAGGUGUUCACCAACCAUACAGGUAGCUUGAAGUCCCAUAGAGGUCUCUGGAGGACUUGCCAAUUUAAUAGGACAUGCCUCCCUAUGGUAAACCCGUUCAAGUCUAAGACCGCAAACAUGACAACUUCGCGUAAGAACAUCCUGUACCUUCAUGGAGCAUUUGUGAUCCUGCUGCCUCUAAGCCUCAUCAUCAUAGUCUUUGGAGGAAUGAUGGGUAUCAUCAGCGUCUUCACCCAAAACUUCUGCCUUCUGCUGUUCACCGGGGUGCUCUUUCUUCUCGGAGCUCUUGUUACCCUUCUUGGGGUCAGCAUCUACAUUGCUUAUUCCGCUGCCCUCUUCAAGCACGUUGCGUCUUUUCAGGGGAGGAAGAGUCUCAUGGAAAAUCUCAGCAUCCAGUUUGGCUGGUCUCUGGUCUUCGCUUGGGUCUCUAUCGGCGCGGAGCUUCUCACCGGGUUGGCAUUUGUUCUCCUGGCCAAGAUGGUGGGCCAGAAACGACGGUGGGACAAUUUCAUUUGAGAGUGUCGGAGAUGAUCCUCUUCACUGCUCUUUCCAUGCCUGGCCUCUGUCUCUUUCUCAUCACUGCUUUGAGCUAAGUUGAAGUCACGCUUCCAGGGGCUUCUGCCACUGCUUCUAGUAGCUGAGAACUUUCAGUCAAAACUGAGAUCAGAAACCCAAAAGGAUUUGUGCAGAGCUGUGAGUCCAUGUAAAAUAAGCAAAUGAAAAGUCUGUAUCUUCAAUUACUGCAUU